ACGGUGAUACAACAUUUGAUCUUGUGACAUGUGAUCCAACGACAAGUGAUCCAACGACAUGUGAUCCAACGACAAGUGAUCCAACGACAUGUGAUCCAACGACAAGUGAUUCAACGACAUGUGAUCCAACGACAAGUGAUUCAACGACAAGUGAUUCAACGACAUGUGAUCCAACGACAAGUGAACCUUUCAUUUCUAGGAAAUCAAUCUAAAGAACUUUCGAGUUAUUUCUAUGCAAUAUGACAAGGGUCAAAUAAAUAUAAAAAGUCGACAAAAAAAGAAAAUAAUGAUUAGGAUAUCUAGAGAUAUUCUCAACCUGCGUAAUGUUAAUUUUAUCAACAUAUAAAUAUUUAUCAAGGCUAAAAACUGUUCUUUUUACCGAGCCAAUUUGUUUUCUCUAUUAAUAUUCGUUUCCUGCAGUUGUCUUUUUGAGACCUACUACUAUUUCAACAUUUCCAAAUUCAAUAUCGAUUCGACUGAUAAACAUUCUGAAAUAAAUUAACGGAUAACUCAAUUUGGACUCAAACGGGUUUCCUUUCAAAGGAUGCAGUAUGGGAAAAGAGCAUAUCGUCCUUUUACCGCACAAGGGUACGGUUGGGUUGAGAAAAACCUGUCGCGAAUCAUCUUUUUCAAAUUUAUUUAAGCUUUUCUUCUUCCUUGUAUAUCAAUUUUUAUAUCUGCAGGUGAAUGUUGAACUGAGAAAAUGGAAAAGCUAAUCUCCGUUCGUCCCGUCUCUCCGGACUCUCUCCGUAAACUACGGGAUAAUCCUAGCAGUGCUUCUGAAAAUCUUGAUAUCAGGAAAAAAGUAAAAACCCCGGAGGAGGUUGAAGCAGAUGGGAAGCCUAAAAAGAUUCUGUUUGUUAGACCCGUAUCACCUGAUAAAAUAAAAGAAUUGAUGAAACAAGGGAAAGGUUUACCUGAAGGUAAGCAUGUUACUCUGCAAAAUUUCUAUUCCUUGGAGAAAUUUCAAGAUAAACCAAGCUCUCCGGAGAUUCCUGAUAAUCAGAUCCGGAACAAAUUUCAGAAUCAUUCCUCACUCUCAACAAUUUCUAAUCGAAGAUAUGUUCACCCUAAUCUUACUAAUCCACUGAGUAAUGUUCACUCUAAUCCUACCGAUCCACUGAGAAAUGUUAACUCUAAUCCUACCAACCAGCUGAGUAAUGUUCACUUUAAUUCUACCAACCAGCUUAGUAAUUUUCACCUUAAUCCUACCAACCAGCUGAGUAAUGUUUACUCUAAUUCUACCAACCAGCUGAGUAAUGUUCACCAUAAUCCUACCAACCAGCUGAGCAAUGUUCACUCUAAUUCUACCAACCAGCUGAGUAAUGUUUACUCUAAUCCUACCAACCAGCUGAGUAAUGUUUACUCUAAUCCUACCAACCAGCGGAGUAAUGUUUACACCAAUCCUACUAGCCCGCUAAGAAAUGUCUACCUUCAUCCAACUAACCAGUUCAGAAAUUUCCACCCCUUUCCUAUCAACCUGUCAACAAAUUGUCUCUCUGAGUCUACCAACCACCAAAGUAAUGUUUACUCUAAUACUAACUACCCGCGGAGUAAUGUUCAACACUUUCCUACCAACCCGCAAAGAUAUGUCCACUUCUUUCCUAUCAACCCGUCGACAAAUUUUCACCCCGAGUCCACCAACCCACAGAGAAAUGUUCAGCCUGAUCCAACCAACCAUUUAAAUCAAAGAUUAUCAUUGGAAACUAAGCAUGUGUCGGUUAAUUUAAAGGAUGGGGAACUGGUUCUAAAACGCUUACACAGGAACCCUGUAAAGGUGGUAACAGGUGGGUCUGAGGUUGAGGUUUCUAAGGAUCAGGAGAACGAGAUCAAGGAUGGAGACGUCAUCAAGUUCUGCGAGGAUAAGUUCCAUUACAGUCUUGAUCUUCUAACAGACGAGUCAGACAACGAGACUGAUCAGAAAAUGUCAGCUCCAAGUUCUCCUGAGAAGUCUAGAGCAGAAGCAAUAUCAGAUCAGAGUAAACCUUUGAAAUCAGAAUCUUUGGUGGAAAUUCCGCCAUCUCCAAAGUUGAAAAAGAGUAGACCUGACUCGGAUCCAUCUCAAGAUGCUAAACCAGAAUCACAGAAUCAUCUCAGAGGAGAAUCUGAGAAGGAGAAAUCUUCACCUGAAUCCAGACAGGAAAAGUAUGAUCCAGAACCUGAAAAACCAACAAAAAUUCAACCAAAAUCGGAGACAGUAGAAUCUUUAUCAGAGAAAUCUACACAAAAUCAAGAAGGCCAUUCAGUGAAAUCCAAACCACAGUCGGAGAAAGAUAACGCGAAUGCACAUGGAUCAAAGUUAAAUGAGAUCAAACCUAACCACAAACCGGAGGCGGAGAAAGAGAAACGGAAAGUGGAGCCGCAAGAGGAUGAAAAGGAAAACAAGAAACCGUCUAAACCUGCUCCGGUAGCUACAGGUGUAGAGUCAGGAUCUAACAAGAAACCGUCUAAACCUGCUCCGGUAGCUACGGGUGUUGAGUCAGGAUCUAACAAGAAACCGUCUAAACCUGCUCCGGUAGCUACGGGUGUUGAGUCAGGAUCUAACAAGAAACCGUCUAAACCUGCUCCGGUAGCUACGGGUGUAGAGUCAGGAUCAGAUUCAGUGAGAAAACUUAAAACCACCCCUAAACAUCCUAAACAUCCUAAAAACCAGAGGGAAACUGGAACUAAGCCUAAACAUCGUAAAGUAUCCGGAAGGAAGGAUGAGCAUAAUACUUUACAGAAACCAAUCUCCCCAGAUUCAGCGAGAAAGCUCAAAACCACCCCUCCAAAGAAAAAAAGUGGUUCUACAACCCCACCCGAAACUAAAUCUCCAAAAGGUUCCGAUGAGUCCGAUGGCCACAAAUCUAAGGAUGAGUCUGACGGAGAAGAUUCUAAACACAGUGUUUUAAAGUUUCUUUUUAUUACUCCUUCAGACAUAGAGGACAGUGAAGAGGAGAAACCUGCCAAACCAAAACCUAAACCUAAACCAAACAACAGAAAACUACCCUGUAGACACGGAAGUAGCUGCUACAGGAAAAAUCCAAGUCAUUUCAAGGAGUACAGUCAUCCCGGAGACCUAGAGGACAUUGAUGAGGAGAAACCUGCCAAACCAAAACCUAAACCAAAACCAAACAACAGAAAAGGACCCUGUAGACACGGAGCUAGCUGCUACCGGGAAAAUCCCAGUCAUUUCAAGGAGUACAGUCAUCCGGAAGAUUCAGAUUAUCAAUCAAAGGAUGAAGAUACUGGUUUAAGCAGUUCUACGAUACCUGCUAAACCUUGUUCAAACAUUUCUCUGGUAUCGGUUCAACCUAGUUCAAGGAGUUCCCUGUUACGUGUUAAACCUGGUUUAAACAGUUUUACGAAACCUGCUAAACCUUGUUUAAACAGUUCUCCGGUAUCGGUUCAACUUAGUUCAAGCAGUUCCCAGUCAUGUGUUAAACCUGGUUUAAAUAGUUCUACGAAACCUGCUAAACCAUGUUCAAACAGUUCUCCGGUAUCGGUUCAACUUAGUUCUAGCAGUUCCCUGUCACGUGUUAAACCUGGUUUAAGCAGUUCUACGAUACCUGCUAAACCUUGUUCAAACAUUUCUCUGGUAUCGGUUCAACUUAGUUCAAGGAGUUCCCUGUCACGUGUUAAACCUGGUUUAAGCAGUUCUACGAUACCUGCUAAACCUUGUUCAAACAUUUCUCCGGUAUCGGUUCAACCUAGUCCAAACUCUCCCCAGAUAUCUAAUAAUCCCAGCUUGCAGAGUGGCCCAUAUAUUAACCAAGGCCUAACAAAUCAACUCUCAGGAAAGUUGGUGCAAAGAACUAAAACAAAGAAAGGCAGAUGGAAGUUACGACCUGACGAAAUAGAACCGGCAGUUGAGGCAGUGGAGGAAAAAUUUCCAUGUUACCAGAUGAGAGGUUCUAUAAAUAACUCUGUUCAGAGAAGUCCAAUAAGCUUUAUAACACAAUCUGUGAUGUCUCUGUUCACUGUCAAGACUGGAAUCAAGACUGGAAGGGAGAAUUUGGAGAAUCCGGUUGAGUAGAAGUUUGUCAGUUCGGAAAAAACUGCAAAUGCGGAUAUUUUCCCCAUAGCCUGGUUUUUAGUCAUCCUGGAGAUCACGAUUAUUAUCUCACGGAUACUGCAGCUUUAAACUCCAGGCCAGAGUGCGAGUUCGGUGUUCUCUGCUACAGGAAAAACCCGGAGCAUCUGAAAAAACUCAAGCAUUCUCGUAAACCUGAGAUCUGAAUGUAGAUCUGAUUAUAAAACUUAAGAUCUAAAUAUAAAACCUAAUUUAGA